AACAGCGAAUUGUCACUCAACUGUUGAGUCCGUUGAAUGCGCCCAUUGUAAGAGUAGUUUCAGACAGUUGGAGACACUUGGAGAGAGAAGAGACAGCUGAGAUUUGAAAAACAAUUAUAAACGCGACGAAGUGUAACCGGAAAUCUUAAAAUAAUUUGUGCAAAAUUGACAUAUAUAUAUAUACAUAUAAUGGAAGAUACAAAUAAUUUCAUGGAUGAUUCAGUAAUAGAUGUUUCCCCUUCAAUAGAUGUUAUUGAUUUAACUAAGGAAUCACCAAGUUCAGUCAGACCUUUAAGAAAAUCACGUCAGAGAAAUGUCGAAAAUGUAUCUUCUAGCAAUAAUGUAACCAGCAAUUCAGAUCAAAGGCCUAUACCUCCCAUUGUUUUAGGAAAUACACAAGAUACCCAAAUGAAAAGUACUAGAAAGAAAGAAAGAGUUUCUCAGGCUACAAGUGAAGUUUUGAUCCUUGACGAUACUAUUGAAGAAGAUAAAAUAUGUUAUUCAGUUCAAUCAGAUAUUAAAGAACCAGUACCUCUUACAUGCCCAAUAUGUUUUGAAGCAUUAUCUUCCAAACUGAAACCUUAUACUACUCGUUGUGGACAUCUGUUUUGCUUAGAAUGUUUGCAGACAUUCCUUCAGACAGCUAAAAAAUGCCCAACUUGUAAAACAACUAUAGCUUUAAAAUCUUGUACUCGUUUAUAUUUUUAAAUAUUGUAAAACAUUAUACAAGCCGUUCC